AUGUCAAGGCCUGUUGAGAGAAUAGCAGAGAUCAAUGAUGGAAAAGAGCUUUGGAAGAUUGUUGUUAGGAUUCACCACAGAUGGAAUGUUGUCUCCAACAACAAGGAACAUUUUGAAAUGAUCUUUGUUGACAAAUUGGGAGAUGAUAUUCAUGCUGUUGUUCCAGCACCACAUGUGUCGGUGUUCACCGAAAAAUGCUUAUUAGGGCAUACUUAUACUCCGUGUGAAAUUAAUAAAUUUAUUUUAGAUGUCGUUGGAAUGGUGGAUAGUAUUGGUUAUGCACAGACUGAGUCGGGCGCAAAGAAGCAGCAAAUUAGCAUGAUGUUGCGUGACCACAGCAACAACAUGGUGAACUGUACUCUGUGGGAAUCAUACGCGGAUCAGUUCAUCAAGUUUAACAAAGUUAGGGUUGCUGCAUCACUCCCUACAGUUGUGUUGCUUCAUUAUGCCAAAGUGAAGGAAGAAGGAAAGUAUCCUCUGUCUGUGACAAACACCUACAAUGUGACCCUUUUAUGUGUUGAUGCUGAUUUUCCUAUCAUGAAAGACUUCAUUGAUAGAAUGCCUGAGGAGAGCAGGGUAACCCUGUCUGAACAACUUGGAGGGAAUUCCCAAUAUUCCUCCCAAAGUUCUGAAAAUCAACAGCUGACUCCUGUUACAUUUUGUGCUACUGUCGCUACAACAAAAUUAUUAGUAGCGUCUCCGUUUGGAUGGUACUAUCGUGCCUGUCAUAUGUGUCAAUCUAUAGCGCGUGGGGACAGCCCCCCCUUUGAGUGUGAAGCUGGUCAUGAAACCAUGGCUGAAGCCCUUAGGUAUAAGAUUGAGAUUGAGGUUACUCAUGGGGGCCAAAGCUGCAAUUUUGUCUUCUGGAACAGAGAAUGUGAAAUGCUGUUGGAUUUAUCUGCAUCCCAACUUCGUAACACUAUGAUUGAGGGUGGAAUUACUGAUCCAUUGGACUUUCCGUUAGCACUUGAUCAGUUGUUGAAGUUGGAAAUGGCUAUGAAGGUUAAGUGGCAUCCACGCUGGAAGAACUGUUCCGUCGUUAUGAUUAUAAAAAAUGAUCCUAUUAUCCAGCAACUUAAGGAAAAAUGGGGAACAGAUGAGGAACCUAUUCCAAUCCAAACUGUCAUACCUGAGACUCUGGAGAUUAAAGAGAGUGUUGAUGAGGCUAAAACAGGUGCCAAUGAAGAUUGUGAAUUGGUUACAGACCUGGAAAUUACAUCUGAGCACAAGCCUGAUGCUGUCACACCUGGUGGUAAAAGGCAUCUUCCUGCUGCAUCAAGUGAAUCCACUAAUUUGGACGGAUUACAUGAUGGAGAACUGUCAUCAAACAAGCUGAGGAAGAUAAUUAAAAUGGAGAAGAUUGAUUAG